GGCACAUGUGGCUGCAUGCUUAGAAGCCGCCCGUCCAUGUGGUCACAUAGCAUCUGGUCCAUCUGCACCUUUCCUCUUUCUUCUACUCCCUCAUCGUCUCUCUUCUGCCCGUACGUAUUACUUUCUUUGCCACUUUCUCUCUCUCUUUCGUGCUCGUCGUUGCGGCCGCUGUCGAGGCCUAUAAACCGCCUUUUACGAUUUCGUACUCUUUGACUCGCCUAUUGCACAGCACUAAUUCAAGCCCCGCCAGGUUCACUCUCAGGUCAUUACUCCCACCGCACGACGGCGACGGGACGUCGUUCACCCCCCGUUGACGGUCUUGCUGGAGCCCAGACGACGUCGCCUUUAUCUUCUGCAUGUUCUGCAGCCUUGACUUGCUCAGACAUUAGCCGGUCUCGUCUGAACGGAUUGCAAGCGAUUCGCCUUUUCGCCAUCUCUUGAUUGAGAUUCCCUAGAGAUUCAAGGUCUCUUCAGUCUCAUGUUGCAGUAUCCUGUUCUUCGUCCGCUUUCGUCGCCCAAGGUCAAACGUUCAGUUGCCACAGACCAUCACCACUUCGCCAGCUCCAAUGGUGACAAUACCCGUAAUGAACCCCGUCCCUUGACCACCAAACGUGUCUACAAAGAUGCGUUUGUGACGCCUCAAUAUACUGGUCAACCUCCUCCUCUUCCUAAUUUCUUUUCUUCUCGUCCUAAUCCUACCCCUUCUCCUACUACCGCUUCCCCAAAGCUCCCUCGGAACCUGCAUAUCUCUUCUCGGCAGGCUUCUAUCGCUGUCCCCGUUCCCCGUUCUGCCUCUUCAAAAUCCCCAGCCAGCUCACGUCCUUCCUCCACCAUUGGUGACGUCCUUUUUCCGGGCGAUGCCGUCGGUGUAGGCGCCAUGCUUCAGGGUCAAGUUGUUCGGCUUGUCUCUAUCGGUGCAAACCCUUCCGGGCCUCCAGACUCUCCCAAUGUCGAGGAGCCUGCCCAAGAGUUUGAAGUCGUCCGCCGUCUCGGCGCUGGCAGUUACGCAGUCGUUUAUCUGGUGCGAGAAGUCCUUUAUCGUCCUCCGCCCUCUGAGGAUGGCCACCCCACGACCGUCGGUACAAUGGAUAUUGAUGAUUUGUCCGCUCCCCGCAAUCCGUCAACUGUCUAUGGGCGCGAAUUUGCCAUCAAGUGCUUAUCUAAAGCGAACCUCGACGAGGAGGCACUAGCAGCACAGAUGUCAGAGGCGACUAUUCACCAGUCCCUCGCUUCGCAUCCCAACAUUGUCACCCUCUAUCGCACUUUUGAAACUUCUUCUUUCCUUCUCCUUCUCCUGGAGUAUGUCCCUGGUGAAGACCUAUUUUAUUUUCUCGAACAAGCCCGCGAUCAUUAUGAAGCCGAUUCUCCAACCUGUACUGAUCCUUCCUCUACGUCAUCACGAACACCCCCUACUCCUAGUCUACUUUCAAACCUGCAUCCUUCUCAACUCCUUUCCCGAACGCGCCUUCGCCUCAUAUCAUCUAUGUUCUCCCAGAUGUGUGAUGCUGUAGCCGCAUGCCAUGCGCAACAAGUCUACCAUCGCGACAUUAAGCCAGAAAACUUUAUCGUCACCGAUGGUUGGACUACGACAAGCGAUGGCCGACAGGAACGCAAAGUCAUCGUCAAGCUCACUGAUUUUGGCCUGUCGACCACUGAUGUCGAAUCGUCGGACAUGGAUUGCGGCAGUGCGCCUUACAUGAGUUAUGAAUGCAGAAAUAAUGUAGCCCCUACGUAUCGCCCCCGAGCUGCUGAUGUUUGGUCGUUAGGCAUCGUGCUCAUCAACAUGUUGUAUCAUUAUAACCCCUGGACAGACACCUCUCAAGGAGCCUGUAAUUCCUUUGACAUUUUCCGACAAUCCCCGGUCAAUUUCUUUAUGCAACGGUUCACGGGCAUGACACGCCCAGUUGCGGAGAUGCUUGCCAACCGAGUUUUCAACGUUCUUGAUGAUUCUGGUGAUGAUUCAAAACGCAUCUCAGCUGCUGACUUUGGAUCAUGGGCAAAAGAUCUUCCGGACCUUCUUGGGACCCAUACCACGCCGUCCCACCAACGUGGUGUCUCUAUUAGCUCUACCCAGGGGCACCCCAUUUCCUCCUCUGUACCACCAUCACACCGCCCAACGUCUAGACAGGCCUCCAAUGCCCCAUCGUCCAUACGGACACCUGCCAUACCCAUCCGGUCGCUCUCACGCGCUCCGUCACUUGAGCCUGCAUAUGAGAGACCGGAGGCUUCCGAGUUAUCGACGGUCAUCGAUCAAGAAGUCGAAGAACAAGAAGAAACGGAGCAAGUUAGUGUGCAAGGUAUCUUGAUGACCUCACGCUCGACGUCAACCAACAAGAGGCGGAAGCGUGGGGCACGAAAGGGUAAGGGAGCGACUGCGGCGACGCCGACGACGCCCAGUCCGAAAGACGACACAUUGGCGACCCUCGCGGUCGCAUCUCAGUCUCUGGCAAGAGAGAUCAGCAAAGCCUCAAAAGCGCCGUCUGUGACCUCGUCCCACAAGUCCAAGACUUCUGAUACGUCGAGUCGUCGCUCGCGCAGUACCCCGUACGAGCCCGUCUCGAUGUAUGCAUUGCCCACUCCCUUACUGUCGAAACAUAGACCUAAUGCCGCACCGCCGCAACCGCCGUCGCCGGCCAUACCGCCUCCGCCGAACAGCGUGCAUGUGUCGACGUCGACAUCGUCGCUCCAUGUACCUGUGAAGAAGCCGUCCAAGUGGAAGUUGAGCUUUGGCAAAGCGAGCUCAACGAAUCUGGCCGCCUCUGCUGCGUCUAAUGGACGGAUGUCACCGCUUGAAGAGCCGUCUGUGCCAUCGCUGAAAUCUAUGGAUGUGAGUGUAGCGCCAAUGUCGGCGACAGCGAGCAACGUGACGUCGUUGAUCAUGAGUCUGGACGCACCUGUCGUGCAUUCGACGUCGGUAUCGGACGAACCGUGGGGCAGGGGCCGCCGUGCGCGUGGAUCGCGGUCUCCGCACGGCUCGCAACCGAGCCGGAGUCCGAACCCGCCACCUCUUUCCCAUCAUCAGGGCCUGUCUCCGAAUCCGAGCAUCGAACGCUGGGUGCACGAUACGACUGGUGGCCGCUCGAACCGGGGUGUCUCGCCGAACAGCACACGUAGCGGACGACCUUUGGCGUCUAGCUCAAGUUCGAUUACGUCUGGUAACUGGCGGAAUUCGAUGAGCACGACGAGUUCAAGUGCUGGUACGUCAACGAGUGCGUUUACGAGGUAUAGCAAUGCGAGCAUGAGGAGUGUGUCUACUACUGCGACGAGUGUGUCUGCGACGAGUUGGAGGACGGGCAAGGGUCAGCCACCGCCGUCUUCGCAUUCGUCUACUUAUCUUCCGCAAGGUGUUCCCAAGAACGUCAAGAUCAUGGAUGGCGUGCCAUGGGAACUGGACCAGUUGCCUCGUGGACAAUAUCCUAACCCUGAAGGAGAUUUGUUUGGUUCGCCGCCUCCGCGAAAGCAACGAUCUCGGAAACCCAAAGACGUGCACUUGGACACGAUCUCCGAGGACCGGCGGCGAGAUGCGACGACGAGCACAACGUCUCUUGGACUUGGAGAUGGCUCUGGUGACGAAGACGGGUAUCCGAAGAAGGUGCAGCGAGGACAGAUCAAUGCUCUGGCGAAGAUGUUGAGUGCACUGAGGCGGUAGGGGGCGGGGGUGGUAAUGUGUAAUAUGGAUAGUAGGUGCGUGCGUGGACGCGCGUCACGGUUUUCUCUUCCACCCCACGCCCUGUGUAUCAUAACCGGCAAACACAACACAGGACUUUUUGUUUUUCUUAGACGCCAUGUUCUCUACGCGUACACACCACACACACACAACACAUCACUGAUCUUUUUCUUCCCUUUUUUUUUACAUUUCUUCACAUGUUCUCUUUUUUGUUUGUUGUUGCAAAAGUCGUUAACCCGUCGGUCAUCCAUCCAUCAAGAGUAUAGUUUUCUUCAUCUUUUGUGCAAUUAUUACGAGGUACUAGUAAGGGAUAUUUAAUGCUAGGAGUGUGGAGGGGGGGGGGGGGG